CAGUGUCAUGCCGGCGACGCAGCCAUCUACCUCGCAGUACUGAGGAAGACAUUGUGGUGUUUGGAUGUUAAAAAGUGUUUAUAACAAAAUGAAUCUUAUAUUAUCAAAACUAAUGUGGCAGAAUGGAACGAGAAUAAACCAAUAUGUGUUCGCCAUUAUCAUAACAAUUCCUUUGUUGAGCUUCGGUAUGGUGCAAGGCUGGUUGUCUCCUAUGAUCUCAGUGCUGCAGUCACCUUCGGGCCCAGCGCCGGUUCCUUACACCAGCUCGGACAUAUCUUGGAUGACCUCAGUGACUUACAUCACUGCUAUCAUCUUUGGAGCUCCGAUGGGGUACCUCACAGACAGAUAUGGAAGAAAGAUCAUGGCUCUGAUCACCACGUUGUCUUUAAUCCUCUACUGGCAAAUCAAGCUGCUGUGCAUUCGUCCAUGGGCGCUGAUCCUAGCACGUGCUAUAGCCGGCAUACCUUGCUCGGCUUGCUACAUAGUGCUGCCAAUAUAUUUGAAAGAAAUAAGCGACAUCGAUCUACGAGGUGCUCUUGGUUCGUUGCUGAUUUUAAACAGGAAUAUCGGCUACCUAGCUAGUUAUGUUUUCGCGGAUCUACUCGCUGUUAACACGAUGCUAUGGAUCGGUCUGUUGGUGCCCACAUUAGUAUUAUUUAUAUUUCUUGUGAUGCCGGAGACACCAGAGUUUCUUGUGAAACAAGGCAAGAUUGACGAGGCCAAAACUGUGUUAGCAUGGCUUCGAGGUCUGAGCGUCAUGGACCAAACUCUUGAACAGGACAUAGACAAUAUCGUGAACGUGGAAAAACAGACCAAAGCUGACAGCAAAUCCGUCUGGAGAAUUAUUUUACGAGACAGAGCAGCGUUUAAAGCGUUCAUAAUAACCCUGGUUAUAAAGAUAACUCAACAAUUCGAUGGCUAUCUCAUAGUGUUGAUAUACGCUGGUUUCGUGUUUGAGAGGGCGUCGGAAUCCAUAAGUCUUAAACUGAGUCCCAACAAGCAGGUCAUGAUGAUAGGAGUAGUGCAACUAUUGGGCUCCAUUGUAGCUACAUGUAUAGUGGAAAAAACAGGGAGGAAGCUUCUGUUGGUGGUGACGUCGCUGGUGGUAGGAGCAGGCAUGCUGGUACUAUCUGGCUGGUUCUAUUUCACCAGCAAUGGUACUUGGCUACCAGGCUGGGUGCCCGUGGUGGCUAUGUGUAUGUGCAUCUUCGCUGAUGCAGGAGGCUUCCAGCCGAUAUCGUACAUCAUUAUCACCGACCUGUUCAGCUUCCAGCUCCGUGGAACGGUGUCGUCUUUCGCGAACAUAUGUGCUAAGCUCAGCAACUUCGUACAAAUGAAAUGGUUCACUAAGAUAUCAGAGCUCAUCAGUAUCCAUUGGACCUUCUUGUUCUUUUCCAUCGUCUGUUUCUCCGCAUCCCUGUACACCGUUAUUGUAUUCCCGGAGACGAGGCAUAAAACCGUCGAAGAAAUAUACGAGAAACUGUCAAAGAAAGAUAAUGACAGAAUAAAAGCUGUGCCAUAGAUAACAUUAACUCUAUAUAUAAUGAUAGUUAUUGAUAUCUGAUUUACGAUAUUCCGUCAUAUAAUGAUUUGUCAUACAAAUCAAGACUGUAUUAGAUGUAUCUUUAGUUAUGUUCUAGUUGUAAAGAGUGUUAUUGUUUAUGUUAGUACCCUGUACCGAUAAAAGAUUGUUCUGUUAUAUGUAAGGGGAAUAAUUUAAUUUUUUACGCAUUAACAAUACUUGUUGAACCCAUACAAGUUGCUUACAUCCCUAUAAGAGCAAUGAAAUUAAAACACGCAGAUAAUAUAAAUUUUGUACAUAAUAGAUUUCAAACUAAGUAAUUUCAAAAUGUUUUUAUAUAGUAUAUAGAAAAUUAUAAUAGAAUGAUGUUAUAUGUGUAAAAUAAUUGAUCGUAAUUUAUCCUGUUAAAUAUAAGUUCCAAAUAUAAUUGUUAAAAUUAUA